UCCAGUGUGCGUCACUCUGGGUCAGCCGCAGGUGUGUGUGUGUGUGUGUGUGUGUGUGUGCCGUGGGGGCCGAGACUCGCUCCGCCACGCACAGUCACGCCGCGACCGGGCUCCUACGAGGAAAGUCACCAGUGUGGUAUCAGCAAUCGGGACGUGAGUGUGUGUGUCUCGAUCCGCGCCGCGACGAAGUAUUCCCUCAGUUGUGAUAGUGUGCACUGGCGCAAGCCGACAAGCAAGGCGACUGUGUGGAGAGACGAGCAGUGCAAGGCGAAGCAAGGCUGCAAGGCGAGGCAAGCAGGACAAUCCAGGGCGGCAGUGCGGCAGUGGUGUGAGUGUGCCCAGGGCGUGUGAGGCAGGGCGGCAGGCGGCGAGGAGUCCCUCUCCCUGCCCAUGAUGCAGGCGGUGGAGAUCGAGGAGGUGGAGGUGGAGAACACCCCCACCCCGAAGCGACGCUCCUCCCACGCCUCCCGCGAAUCCCCGCCCUCUUCCCCACACUCCCCGUGCCCUCCAUCCCCGGUGUCUCCGUGCCCCCCUUCACCGUCUAGCCCGACCUCCCCGACCUCCCCGACAUCUGACGGAGGGCAGGAGGACAGCACCGCCAGCCCCGCCUCGGGCCAUGGGGGGCGCCGCCUCCCCAACAUCAAGAUCAAGAAGCAGUACAGCAAAAUAUUCCGCAUUAAGACCAAGAUCCUGCAGAACCUGGGCAAGGCAGACCGCACGAUAGACGAUGUGUUCGACGAGUAUGACGCCAACUUCACCCGCCAGCAGACCAACGCUAACCGCCUGCACAAGGAAGUGUCCAACUACCUGCGCUGCUGCCGAGCGCUGCACGGGGCCAGCAAGGGGCUGUACGAGACCCUGAUAGAGGUGUACGAGCCGGAGUGGGUGGGACACGAGCUGCUGUACGCCCAGGCCCAGAACUCCGAUAUGUUAUGGACCGACUUCUGCCACAAACUGCAGGACCAGACCCUCACCCCGCUCACCGCCUACCAGCAGCAGUUCCCGGAGUUGAGGAAAAAGAUUGACAAGCGAGGCCGUAAACUGGUGGACUAUGACAGUCAGCGGCACCAGCUGGAGAACCUGCAGCGAGCCAGCCGGAGGGACGAGUACAAGAUUGCCCGGGCUCGCGAUGCUUUGGAGACAGCGCGCACCACAUACGAGGUCCUCAACAAGGAGCUGUACGAAGAGCUUCCCGCUCUCUACGACCAGAGGAUCCCCAAUGUUGCCUCCCACCUGCAGACCCUUUAUGCUGCCGAGGCCACAGUCAUGGCAGAGUUUAGUAAGGUUGCCAAAGAGGUAGAGGCCAUUGCAGACAAGCUGACAAAGGAAUGUGCCAAGGGAACAUACAAGGUGAAGCGGACAGCUGCCCCACGCCCGUUGUCUUCUGUGGAGGCGUCUUCACCGCAGAACACCACCAAUUCCCCAUCCAUGUGGUAUGACGAGGCCCCCAAAGAGGAGGGCAGCAACUCCCAUGAGGUGUUGGAGGGCAGUGAGGGCACACUUGAGAUUACCAGCCCAGAGGAGGCUCCAGGCUCCUCAGUCACCUUGGAAGCUCAGGAAACUUAUAAACCCAUCAAGGACUCUGACCAGACGACUUCACCCCCUGUUGAGCCCCCCGGCACUGAUGUCCCAGACCUCCCUCCUAGCGACUCCCAGCCUGAGAGUGACAACCGGCCAACCAUCUCUGCCCCAGUGGCCCAGAACAAGGAGGAGACAGGCCGGCCCUAUGAGGAGAUAGAGUUCGAGGACAAGAAGGUGAAUGGCAAUGUGUCGCAACCAGCCCGCACCAAUGGGGAGGUGCUGUCCACCAAGAUUCCCCAAGCGGCUGGCCCUGCACUCAGUAACGGCCCCUCCUUCACAUCUCCCAUGGAGGAACCAGAGACAAAAGUGGACGAGAUCUAUGACGUUCCUGUGGGGGCCACCACAGAAGGUCUGCCACCGGGUGUGCUGUACCGAGUGCGUGCCACAUACAAGUACACUCGCGAGGAUGUGGAUGAGAUCAGCUUUGAGGUCGGGGAGAUCAUCAAUGUGGUGGAAUAUGAAGACCCUGAGGAGCAGGAGGAGGGCUGGCUGACCGGUGUUAAAGAAAGCACCAAUGAGAAGGGUCUUUUCCCAGCCAACUUUACCCGUCCUAUGUAAGGCACAGCGGGUACCACUCAGGCACCUUCCACCUCAUGGAAGAUGAAGACUCCCUCACAUCUCACAUUAUUCUUAUUCUUGUUAUUAAUACUGAUUUUUUCCAAUACUACUCUGUCAUCAUAAUGUGCCACCUGGUUAGCAGGGAAUUCUGCCCAAUUAAUGGAAUUUUAACUGAGCACUGAGAAAGUGUGUUUAUCAGUUAUAAAUUCCAGUACAUUUGUUUAUGGUUUUGUGAUGAUCCAUAUUUGGAUCAAUGCCAAACCCUUGUUAGUUUUGUGUUGUGAGAUUCUCCCCCUCCUUCUUCUGUCUUCCUUAUUAUAGUGUACAUUUGAUUACCAUCAAUACCUACUCCUUCCCCAAAUGUAUGUGCUUACCACUGCUACUGCUAAUUGAAUCUGAUGUAAAAAAAAGAAGAAAAAUUCUCUACACAGCCUUGAAAAAAAAAAAAGUAGAUAUGGUCACCUCUAUAAAUCCACAGGAAUUGCUUCUCAGCUCGGUGUCAGAGUGACAUCAUGUGUUAGUGUUAGCAGCAGUAGCACCACCGUGUGGUGGACAGACAAGCAGCAGUCACCUUUGUGAUGAGUCCAGUGAGGCUUGUCGUGUGUCACUGGCCUGGUGGCAUCCCACAAGGCCACAUAAUGAUGGUGCUGUGUCCAGCACAGGAUUUUCCCUCUCUGAGUAGGAAACCCAUGCAGUUUUGCAUAGUAAGAGCCUAAGAACUGUCUGCACACUGGAGCUGCUGUCUUUUAGUAGGUGUGUAGAGAUCCCUAAUUAUUGCUGCUUUUUUUAUUUAUUGAUACUUUAGUUACUAAGAUAAUUGUUAUGUUUCUGAAUGUUUAUCAUAUGAUCUGAUAUUUCAAUACUCCUUAUUUUAACUGUAACUGUAAUAUUUGUAGUACUGUUUGCAAUUGAAACUUUAUAUUGGCAAGGUAAGCAUUGUAACCUUUGAAAGGAUUAUCAAGAAUUACCAAGUCUUAAUAAGCUGUCUUAAUAAAUGCACUACUUUGUUUUGUCUGACACAGCUGUCUGUGAACCUCAUAUUGUGCACACCAAAAGAGAAUUAAAUGUACUCUUGGCCCUUCAUACACAUAAGAAAGAAACCAAACAUACUUCUUUGUUUCUUUUCAAGUGCAUACAAUAAGUUUCCUUGAUUGGGAAUUCAUUUUAGUUUUGUUUAGUUUCUGAGGUUAUUUUGCACGUUAUUUGCCGUGAAGUGCACUGGUCAACAGUCCAGCAGCCAGUGCAGUGGAUGUGGCAGCUCCCAGGGCUACUCCCCUAAGCUAUCUACCACACUUGUCUACAGCAACUUAAGUGAUGUUGUGUAAAUAAUACUCUUGCAUAUAGGGAGACCACUGUAAAUAGUUAUUCAGAUGUAAAUAAAGUAUAAGGCAGAGUCUGUCAUGUAAAGAUGGUCUCAGAAUUAUGUAUAUAAUAGAAGUUAUGAUGAAAGAAAUCUUAUUUACUUGAUACAAAUGAUAAGUGGAGUCAUGAGGCUCCAGUAAUACCUGGUCAUUGUACUGAAAUUAUUAAAUUUGGAUCAAUUUCUGCAGACAAUGACCUGCAUGAUGAUUAGGUCUCCAGAGUAGGACUUACAGAUGUGCCAUGUACCAAGACAGGUACUUAAUUAGCUACUAAUAUUACUUUAUGUAAUCUGUUUUAACCCACUAGUGUCACCCUUGGUGUCAUGUUGCUCACCCUUCCAUUUCUGUCUUGUUUAAGGAGCUUUAGAAUUAUGAAGAUGAAAGUUCUUGUCCUGUUCCAGUUGCAGAAGUUUUUAGUGACUCAAAAAAUAUGGUGCCUUGAUGCAGUUUGCCUUGUAUAGAUAGAUCACUUGAUAUGAGGUUUUACUAAUGAAUCACGUCAACCUUGCUCGGCUCACGAAGGAUGCGGCGUGGCCGUGUGACGGUUGCCUUGGUCUGGGAGCUGUGAGGGGCCAGCGUGCUGGAGGGGCACGUACAUAGUGAAUGCUCAGCAGAGAUUUUCUUUGUUAGCAAAGUAUUGUACAAAGCUGUUUCAAAUUUUAUUUGAUCAGUUUUGAUUCAUCACAAAGUCUAUAAUUUAUAUAUGGUUAUGACAAGAAGUGUUUGGCAGAGCUGCUCUGCCUGUGCUCCCAUCUUGGCUUGCAGUCAAGAACCAAGUAUGAAUGAUCAUUUAUUCUUACUAUUUUUACUUGUAACAUCAGUGCUAAUAAAAUAAUGGAGCCUGUAACAAAA